AUGUGGAGGUUCGGAGGCUACUCCGGCUUCACUUGGUUAAACGACUUUCACAGCUUCAACUUCGACACGAGCACCUGGCAGGCGGUGCCGUCGGGUCACAAAGGCAGCGUGCCUUCAACUCGAUUUGGCUACGUGUCAGCUGUGCACGGUGACUUCAUGUACGUCUUUGGUGGCUACGAUGGCUCGGCGUGGUUGAACGACAUGUUUGACUUCGACUUUGAGCGAGGGUCGUGGUACUCGACACAAGUACAGGGAUUUAUCCCUUCCGGCAGGAGUUGUCCGUCAUGGGCGACUCACAACGGAUCUGUCUUCCUCUUCGGUGGCUACGAUGGCGUGCACCGAAUGAACGACUUUCACCAGUUCCGGAUGGGCUCCAGGACUUGGUCGUCUGUACGGUCAGCUGGGCAGGUGCCGUCUCCGCGCUACUUUCAUGCCAGCGUAGUCUAUGGUAGCUCGUUAUUUCUCUUCGGAGGCUACAGUGGGCAGGAGCGGUUAAACGACCUCUACGAGUUCCGCUUUGAUUGCCAUACUUGGUUUGUGCUAAGCACGGAAGAACCUCCCAGUGGCAGAUCAUCGCUCGUCGCAGAGGUCUUUAACAACUCCUUGUACGUCUUCGGUGGCUACAAUGGCAGCAUAGUAUUGAACGAUUUUUACGAGUUCAGGUUUGAACCUGUCAGCAUACCGCCGUCGAAUCUGGUGGAUGAUUUGCGAAAGUUGAUCAACAACCCAGCAUUCGCAGACGUCACCUUCAUAGUUGAGAACCAGUCUGUGUACGCAACGCGUGCACACUUGGCAGCUCGCUCUGAGCACUUCAGAGCACUCUUCUAUGGGGGCAUGCGUGAGUCGUCCGAUGCCGAGGAGCAGAUCGUGCUUCAAGAUGUUGCACACCCCGUCUUCCUCCUGCUGCUGGAGUAUAUCUACACCGACCAGGUUGGAGAGAUCUCCUCAGAGCUGGCGGUGCACUUGCUCAUUGCAGCUGAGCGGCUUGUUUUGAAGGCGGAUGGCCAAGUCUUUCCGAUGCAGAAGGGCCUUGAGCCUGGUCACUGGAUCUUUCUCAGCUCUGAGAUCCCUGCAGGAGCCGCUUAUGCUUUCGUCACCGAGUGGGUCCAGGAGCUCCGGCAUUGUGGAGAGCGCUCUUGGUUCGGAAGCGUGCACCCCGAGGCAAUGGAGGUUGGCUUGUUUCCGAGAGAUCUUCCAAGCCCAGACAUGUGGUUGACGCCGAAAAGGUCCAGGGCAGCAUCAAUAGCUGCUUCAGAGAAGGGUGGCUACAGCACGGGCGAUGAAGCAACCACUGAGGAGGCCUCCACACCUCCAGGGGAGCCAACAGACGCCCAGCGACUGGCGGCAUCCGAGUUCUUCGUCCAGGCUACCGACAAUCCGUACGUCACGGAUGGCUGCGGCGUGCGCUUGAGUCUUCUUGUGGCUCCGCGUGUUAUCAUCACAGGGGCACAGGCUGUAGCCACAGAUGGGUCAUGGGGCCCCCUGACGCUGCGAAAGCUGCGCGAGGCUGGAGCCCCGGCCGUGAAGGCUGAGACAGAAGAAGCAGUUCCGGAGGAAACGUUGGAGGAUCUAUUGAUACCAGGCCAAUGGAUAGGCGAUGCAAUCAACUUUUGCAUCCACAGCGACACCGAGUUCUUGCUCAGAGUGCACAGAAGAGACUGGCGAGUAGACCCCAACGCUCAUGGCCUCCAAAGAGAGGAUGGGGACGGAUGGUCAGGAACACUGGAUGACAGUACAAAGAUGGAGCAGACUGCCUUCGCUCCAGUAGGCCCCACAUACUGGAGUGUUGUAGCCGACCUUCCAUCGGCCGCGGAUCCGUUCCGUCGCUGUAGCGACCGGGAGCUUGUGCUCUAUGAGCUCCAUCUUGGCAGCUUCACCAGCACCUGCGAGGGGACGCUACGGGCGGCUGCCGCGCGGCUUCCGCACCUCCAAGAUCUAGGCUGGGCGGCUCAGACCUUUGACAGGGUGUUGCAGGAAGCGGUUGACAACCUUUACGGCACCUUGGAGGACCUGGCGCAUUUUGUCCAACAGGCACACCUGUUGAAUCUGGCCGUCAUCGUGGAUUUCGUUUUCAAUCACAUGAUGUGGGGUGCUCAGUUCCUCUACGGGCCGCAGUUGUUCAUGAGCGAGGACACUGUGUGGGGACCUCGGCCAGACUUCUCCAAACCAGAGGUCAACCGCUGCAUUCUUGCUGCUGCCGAGACCCUUAUGCUGCGUGUGGGGGUGGAUGGACUGCGAGUGGACUCCACGAAGUCCGUGCGCAAGCUGCCUGCAGGUGACGAUGACCCCAGCGGAGCUGCCUUGCUGUCAGAGCUGACGGCACUCUGCAGGCGGCACGGGCGCCUGGUGAUCGCAGAGGAUCUUGAGGAUGGCGAUGGAUUCCUCCAGUUCGCAUCUCAGCACUUGAUUGAUUGUGAGGAGCACACACCCUUCGUGGUCGAGUUGUACCUUGGCAGCCUUUGCUUCCCGCUUUGGUUUUCAUGGUCUGAGCCCAAGCAGAUUGCUUUCAUGGGCUCUUGCAGAUGUGUACCAGCCGCCGUCCACCAUGGGAAAGCCUUCAUGAUCGAGGGACAGGCCGGAGGCGGCGAUGCCUUCCAGCAAGUCGAGAGCCCGGCUGCUGGUGGCAGCUUGCCCUACCCCGACCACGAAGAAGUGGUGGACUUGACACAGCCGGCAGAAGUGCAGAAGUGCUUGGUCUUGGUGCUCACCUGUCCCGGUGUGCCCAUGCUGCUCCAGGGUCAGGAGGUGGGUGACUGUCGGCCCUACUGCUGGCCAAAUGGGCCUGCUUUGGACUGGGAUCGGGUAGCGGAGACCUCUGGGAUCCCCGCUGCCUGGAAGCGGCUGUGCAAGGACUUGAUUUCUUUGAGGCCCCGCCGCUCAUUUCGUCUGCUGCGCAUUCGUUUAAGACGCUCCUGUGAGCGGGCCAUUCUUGAAUCGUGUGUAACAACGUGA